UCGUAGCUAGAGAGCCUCCCGUGACGUUCGGAACUCUGAAUGAGACUAUUACAGAACAAACGAAACCGAAUCGAACCAAACCGGCCAGAGAGGGCAGGGCCAAGGGCCUAGGCGUGCGCCUUAGCUCUGUCCGUACUGACCCGGAUGGGGGUCCAACUAAGGACAGAGGCGGGGAAGUGGAGACACUGCGAGGACGACUGGAGUAGGCCACCUGAAGAGCCGCUCACCGUCGUCGGGCAGGGCCUGGGGAGGGCAAAGCUCUGGACCCCGGGCGGGCAGGACGACAAGGGACCUCCGGGCUCCCACACUACGAAAGUGAAGAGAGUGCCUUUUCCUGUCGGUCCCCCGAGAGCGGGGAACCGAGCCGCCGGAGAACCGGCCGCUAGGGCUCGUCCGGCGGCCGAAGAGGUUAAGCGGCUCAGGGCUGGACGUGCCGGGACCCGGGCGGGAUGCGAGCGCCGGAGUUGCUGGGUCCCGCCAAGAGCCGCAGAGACCAGCCCGGAGAAACUGGAAAAACCCUCCGCACUGGGACGCCGUUUCCGCGUGUCGCCAGCCCCAGACCGUAGGGCUCUCUCCCUGGCGGUCUCCGCAAAGGUGCACCGUGACUUUGGGGAGGAACGUUUGGAUGCCGAGUUUGUCAAGUUGGCUGAGGACUCCAGUAAUUCCCUUCAACCUGAUCUUAGUUUCAUAAAUAAUUUUCGCAAGCCAGAGAAGCUAGCAAAGGCAGAGAAGAGGUUUAAAGAAGAGGCAGUAGUGGAAAUGAUGAAGCUAGACAAGCAAAUCAAAAAACCUCAAAUCCGACUAGAACCGUUAGCGGAGGAAACCAGGCAGCUGCUGGGGAAAAACGUACGUGUCGAGGAGGAAAACCAGUUCUUUCUGGAAUACCUGACCAAGCAAACAAAGGAGUCUAGACAGCGAACCGAGAAGCUGUGGAACUACUAUUCACAACAAAGUGGGCAGAUUGAACAAAGGAGACGAGAAUUAACCUCCAAACAUGCAGGAAAAAAUUCAGCGCUUAAAACAGAGCUCUUGCAGAAAGAAAAGAUCGUAUGCAAUUUGAAUAAGCAGUUGGAGGCAAUGAGGGACGUUUCGAUAGUAAAGGAGAAACAGGAGAGAGAAAUUCAGACACUACAGCAGGAGAUAAAGAAAACCCUCGCUGAGACAGCUGCAAAGAAACGGGCCAUGCUGGUCCAGUUCGUCCAGGGAAAAGCACUACUGGAGGCACAACUGAGUGAGCUAGAUGCAAGGCAGCUGGGAAAGAGACCAACAAAGCAGCUGAAGAGCAAGAACGAGGCAUUGGAGAGGGCAGCAAAGCAGUACACUUCCUUGUUCCACAGUAGCAUUGACAGACAACACCAGCAGUUACAGAACAAACUACCACAGCUAAUUCAGAAAGGCCAGAAGUUGGAGGCUACUCACAGCCGUUUAAAGAAGCAGCAGCAGCAGCUGCAGCAAGAUCAGUGGUACCUAGAGUGCUUAAGCUGGGGGAGGCAACGGCUGCAUGAAAGGCGUAAUCCGUGCCCAAAAGGACAAGGUGCUCCAAAGACCAUACUGAACCCUGCCCUAGGCACCAAAUCAAGGACGCACCCAAAGUAAUUCCUAGAAUAACACGAAGUCAGGAAUGGAGCAAGGGUUCUUAGGUGCUACGUAACAUAAACCAGGUUAGGAAGGCUUGGGGAUCUCAGGGUGCUGUGGUUAAGUAUCCAUCGUGAUGUGUUAGUGUGAAGGAUUAGGUGUUCUUCUCCAGCAGUACUGCUAGAUUAUUUGUGGGACUGGCUUCUCUUAAAGUUAGGUUUUUCUUUAAUUAGCUCUUGGUAAUAAAUGGGCUGUUCCUCACACCUCCAGAUAACCCAGUACCAUUUGUCAAAAACCCAGAAACUACCUCAAGAAAACCACCUUGAGGGCUUCCCUGGUGGCGCAGUGGUUGAGAGUCCUCCUGCCGAUGCAGGGGACACGGGUUCGUGCCCCGGUCCGGGAGGUUCCCACAUGCCGCGGAGCGGCUGGGCCCGUGAGCCAUGGCCGCCGAGCCUGCGCUUGCGGAGCACAGGGUUGCAUCAGACCGAAACUCUCCGGACCACCCAGUUCCAGAAACUGACCUGGAGACUUUCCGGACCACCCAGUUCUAGGAACUGACCUGGGGACCCUUCACCCGGCCCAGCCUUCCCGCCUUUUGAGGGGCGGGACUAGCGGUCCCAAGACUGAUGUAACCGGCACCAGAUAUUGCCACGAUACCCGAAGAGACCACCAAAUAAGGAAUACCCUGCACCCUCCCAGAUUCACCACACCCCUUUCCCUUCUUACCCUAUAAAAUCUUGCCCAACCCUCGCCCGGGUGCGACUUCUCUGGCCCCUUUCUCUCGGACCAGUGAACCUCGCCAGGGAGCGCCCCCUAACAAAGCUCACUUGAAGCUUUCCUCUGUUUCGCGAUGCCGUUUGUUAAGAUCCGACCUUACAAAAACCACCUUGGGGCUUCCCUGGUGGCGCAGUGGUUGAGGGUCCGCCUGCCGAUGCAGGGUACGUGGGUUCGUGCCCCGGUCCAGGAAGAUCCCACAUGCCGCGGAGCGGCUGGGCCCGUGAGCCAUGGCCGCUGAGCCUGCGCGUCCGGAGCCUGUGCUCCGCAACGGGAGAGGCCACGACAGUGAGAGGCCCGCGUACUGCAAAAGAAAAAAAAAAAAAAAAGAAAAAAAAAAACCACCUUGAGGAAAUGACAGGAAAAUAGUUGUGUGGUGUGUUUCACCUAGCUAAGUUAGGUUUCUUUAUAGAAAAAGCCCCCUGAAGAAUAGCAUUUCAGAUUGUUAUAUUCUGCUUUCUGCUCUGUAAACAACCAAUGUCCAUGUAUCCUCACUUCUUUGGCCACCUUAGCACACAGUGUUUUUAAGCUCUUUGUAAAGUUUGUGCUGGUGAUCAGGUAGCUGCUUCUACAGUUUUCUCAUGAUUGAAAAACUCUUAACAGCAAGUGUAAUAAGCCUUAGGCAGAGUAACCUUCUGUCUGAUGCUCAGCCCAUACCAUUUUUGCUUUGUGUAAACUGUGUGAAGGGAAGAGAAGAUAGAGGUAUGUAUACCUGGUCAGUUUUCUGUGGAGAAAUACCUCUAGCCUGAAUGAGGUGACUGAGUGCUUCUGCCUGUUUUAGGAAAAUGUAUCAAAAGAAAGUUUUCAUAUAUUUGGAGAACUUUCUAAAGAGUCUUUUGCCAUCUCUUUCCCAGGCAACAUCCUCAAUUUCUAAGAUGACAAAGAUGACUGAAGUUUCGAUAGAGUGAGCACUUUAGCUUUAGGUCACUUAUUACGUUUUUACUGCAUAAGCACUUCCUAGUCCUUGAAAUGCGUUUUGUUAUUCAUGUGUACCCUCUUUAUGCCCCUUCAGUAGAACUAGGAGUAGUAUUUUAAAUUAAUAUAGACUUUUAGGGUAGUUAUAUUUUUGGCACUUAGGACAUACUGAUGGUUAGAUCGGGGAUUUCUUUGAAUGCUGAAUCCUGGUACAGAAAUACAGCCUGAUAUUUUAAUGUUGCUCCUUUAUGGUAAAACAGAAUCAACUUAAUAUUUUCAAGAAAUUGUCAGUGAUGAAAAAGUUCAUAAUGGUUUUCCCAGAUUUCAGUUUUAUUCAUAUGUAAAAUGAAUUCUUGUACAAUUAGAUUCAGAAAAGGAUUCUGCCUCAAUGUGCCUUAACUUCUAGCUUUAACAACUUUUCUGUUAAAUGUGUAAUGUCUCGGUUCUUAAAAUUUUGUUGUUAUUGAAAAUAA